AUGAAGAGCCUCAAUUGCAUCUUCCGGCCGUCCACCGUCCAGCGGACGGCCCGCCAGCUCCAGCGGUGUUCCUCGAGGGCCUCGGCCGCACCACCACCCACCCAGCGGUGCCCUCUCGCGUCGUCGUCGUCGCGAUCCGGCCUCCGCCCCUUCUCCAACACGGCCAGGCAGCGCAGCAGGCAGGCGGCCGACGACCCGGCCUUCACGUCCAUCGUCGACAACCCGCCGGAGCUGGUGCGCACCAACAGGAGGCACGGCCCGGGCCUCAUCUUGCUGGCCAUCAUGCCCAUCACCGCCUUCUGCCUCGGCACCUGGCAGGUCUACCGCCUGCAGUGGAAGAACGACCUCGUCGCCAAGUGCGAGGACCGGCUCGUCCGCGACCCCUUGCCCCUGCCGCCGCGCAUCGACCCGGCCGCCAUCCCGGACUUCGACUACCGCCGCGUCUACACGACCGGCCGCUUCCGGCACGACGAGGAGAUGCUCAUCGGCCCGCGCAUCCACGACGGGCAGCAGGGGUACAUGGUCGUCACGCCGCUCGAGACGACCGCCGACGACGGGCGCAAGAGCAAGAUCCUCGUGAACCGGGGCUGGAUCCCGAAGAAGUUCAAGCUGCAGAAGGACAGGCCGGCCGAGGCCCUGCCCGCGGGCGACGUCAAGGUGGAGGGCCUGCUGCGCGAGCCGUGGAAGAAGAACAGGUUCACGCCGGACAACAGGCCAGACAUUGGCGAGUUCUACUUCCCCGACGUGGCGCAGAUGGCGAGCUUGACAGGGAGCCAACCCGUGUGGAUUGAGGCGACUAUGGAACCCGACAUUCUUCAAGUGUAUGACAUGAUAGCCAAGGGUAUCCCUAUCGGCAGAGCUCCCGAGGUCAACCUCCGCAACAACCACGCACAGUACAUCUUUACGUGGUACAGCCUAGCAGUGGCGACGACCGUCAUGUUCUGGCUCGUCGUGAAGAAGCCUCCCACUGAUAUCACGAAGCGAGUUCGCAUGAACAAGUCUUGGUGA